AAAUAGUGGAUGUUGAUAAUAUUGUAAAUGAAAAUUUUGACAAUGAAAAGGAGCACAUGAAUGAUACCACCAUGGAGUACCACCAAAGCAAUAUAGAACAAACUUUUCAAGUGAAUGUGGAUGUGAAUCUUGAAAAUUCUUUGAUUGGUUCUAAGCAAGAAGUGAAUAUAGGAAAGCCACCUGUAAGUCAAGGUCACCUCAUCAGAAGUAAAAGAAAACGGUUAAAAGUUAAAACCUAUGAAAUAUACUGAGUCUUCAAACAAAGUCACACUGAAGUCACCAGCUUCAAAACAUUCUAAAGUUCAAAAACGACCAUCUAAACCAUGCUACAAUACUGUUAAUGAUGGGAAAAGUGCUGACAAUAAUAAUAAAUUUGACAGUGAGGACGAAGAUACAAUUGUCGAUGAAGCAAUUGGUACAGACAUGGAACCAGUUGUGAAAGCACGGAGGAGAUCUAGAAAAAGUGAAAAAUUGAACUACAAGUGCCCACAAUGUCCUGCUGUUUUCCAUAACCGAGACGAAGUGUACAAUCACAGGGCCCAGGACCAUGAAAUGUAUGGCUGUGGUCUUUGCAAAAAGAUUUAUGAGACUAAGGAACUCCUGAAUGUCCACAAUCACCUGCACUCAAGUGACAAUCCAUACAUUACCAUGACAACCAAAGGUGAGAAACAAUACAAGUGCGACAUAUGUGGUGAACAAUUCAGGACCUCUACAAAUUUCUUCAAACACAUGCAACUCAGCCAUAAUCUCCAUAAACCCCUAAGGUGUCCCUACUGUAGUACUUCAUGCAAAUAUUUUAGCCAGUUCAGCAAACACAUGGACGUUCACACUGGAGAGAAGAAUCACAGCUGCCCUAAUUGUGGUAUGAAAUUCAACAACAAAUACUCAAUGUUACGACAUAGAAGGAUCCAUACUGGUGAAAAGCUCCAUUUAUGUGACAUAUGCGGAAAGUCUUUCAAAGAUAGACAGCGUUUAAAGGAGCAUCGUUUCGUUCAUGGCGAUAUGCCAAAGUUUGAUUGUGACCAAUGUGGACAGAAAUUCGUCAGUCCAAUUUAUUUGCAACGACAUAGAAAGUCACAUAAGAAAUUAUACGAGUGUGAAAAAUGUGGUAAAAGAUUUGGACGAUUAUCCCAUUUGAAGUCUCAUCAACGAACGCAUGAUGGAAUCAAACCUUAUGCAUGUGAUAUAUGCGGAAAAAUGUAUUCUGAUCCCAGACCCCUGAGGACACAUUUAAUAAAACUUCAUGAUAUAGAACAAGACAAAAUCCCAACCUCCAGGGACUGUAGAGUAGAUAUAAGGUUAAAAGACCCAAAGCCAGUUGUAGAAACACUAGUUAUUACAGAGCAUGAAAUCACAGAGCUGUUACAGAAUGGAAACAUUGUAUCUCUCCAAUCAAAUGCUUCAAAUAUAGAUAUUUGCCCAUAAAAAGUAAUAUACUGUUUGAUUCCACUGUUACCACAUACUUCAACCAUAGGUUCUAGGCCGAUAUAAAGAUGGCAGCA